GUGCGUUGUAAGGGAAAAAAGCAAAAGGAAUGAAUGAGGGAGACAGCAGCGGGAGGGAAGGGAGUUCCUGAGAAGAGCUGAUGAUGCAAGCAAAGAAGCUCGGCGGUCGGGUAAAAGGAACAGCGCCCCCAUUCAGCGGGUGAAGUGAGGAGUGGGAGGUGCGAUUGACAGCUACUGAAAGGAACAGCCACUGCGAAGGUUCCAGUCCCAGCAGAGGGAGGCACUCUGGAAGAGCUUGGUCCUGGAAGCCAGAGUGGAGGUUGCAGUCGCCACCAGCUGCAAUAGUAGCUAGCCAGCAAGUAGCAGCAAGCAAACCACCGCAGUCCUGGCUGGGAGGGAUCUUGGAGCAAGCAGGCAGGCAGGAUCCAGAGGAGGAGGAGGAGGCUGGCUCGAUCCAGAUCCAGACCCAGGCAUCGUGGAAGCAAUGGAUCGGAAGAGGUGGGAGUGCUCAGCUCUCCCGCAGGGAUGGAAAAGGGAAGAAGUGACCAGAAAAUCGGGGCUCUCUGCUGGCAAGAGUGAUGUCUAUUAUUAUAGUCCAAGUGGGAAGAAAUUCCGCAGCAAACCUCAGCUGGCCCGUUACUUGGGUAACUCCAUGGACCUGAGCUCGUUUGACUUCCGAACAGGGAAGAUGCUAAUGAGCAAGGUGAACAAAAACCGGCAAAGGAUGCGCUAUGACUGUUCAAGCCAAACCAAGGGUAAACCUGAUCUAAACACCACACUUCCUGUGAGGCAGACAGCUUCAAUUUUUAAGCAACCAGUCACUAAGAUCACAAAUCAUCCCAGCAAUAAAGUGAAGACUGACCCCCAAAAAGCAGUUGACCAACCCCGACAGCUCUUCUGGGAAAAGAAACUAAGUGGCUUAAAUGCCUUUGACAUUGCAGAGGAGCUGGUGAAAACAAUGGACCUUCCAAAGGGUUUGCAAGGUGUGGGACCUGGAUGUACUGAUGAGACUCUCCUUUCAGCCAUUGCCAGUGCCUUGCAUACCAGCACAAUGCCCAUCACUGGACAGCUUUCUGCUGCUGUUGAGAAAAACCCCGGGGUCUGGCUGAACACUUCUCAGCCUCUCUGCAAAGCCUUCAUGGUGACUGAUGAAGACAUCAGGAAGCAAGAAGAGCUGGUUCAGCAAGUGAGGAAGAGACUAGAGGAAGCCUUGAUGGCUGACAUGCUUGCUCAUGUGGAAGAGAUAGCCAGGGAUGGUGAGACACCUGCAGUAAAGGGUAAUGAAGAAGAGGAAGAGGAGGAGGAGGAGGAAGAUGCUGAUCGUGUACAGGAAAUGGAGAAUGUAUAGUCCAGGGUGUUUUUUCCAAGAACUAGCCUGCACUUGGUCAAUGCAGAGGCAAGUGCAUCUUCAAAAUGCUGUGCACUAACUGUAUCUGCGUGUGUGAAUGUGUUUGGCUUCAGUUCACAAGAAGCUGAAGGGACCAGUCAGACUGAGUAGUUUGAAGAAGAAUUUGCUGAGCUCAGCUUUUUUUUUUCUUUCCUCUGCCCCCUCAUUUUUCUCUUAAAAAGUAUCAUGGGGCAAUAGAGGAAUCAAAAAAGUUAUUCACGAAUUAUGAACAUAAUCCCUUUGUCUCAUUUCCAGACUAGCAAUUGAAACAGGUUUCCCAAGUUUCUUCUAAUAGUGUCUGAACAUGCCCUAAACGAAUUGGCUUAGCCCAGAGAUGCCAGGAAGAAAUUGUUUCUAAGUUUUCUCUACAUAAUUGAAGUCACAUAUAACAAAAUAUUUUUGGUGAUAGAGGUAAGCUAUUCCACUUGUAAAAUCUUGCCAUGGGAUCUUCAUUUUCUUACCUGAUUAUUUAAUUUGGGUUCGUUUUAUUUGCUUUUUUUAAAAAAAAACCAUCAACAGAACGUGCCUUUCCAUGUGGACUGGGAAACUGAUCGCCCGAAGCUAUACAGAUCCACGUUUUGGUCAAAAAAUCCCCUUCUUCUGCAUGCAUAUACCUAUAAUUCAUGCAGGGCUUUAUGAGCACAAACCAUUAUGGAAAGAAUAUUAAAUAAUGACCAUAAUUACCCAAUCAAAGAAAGUAACCAAAAGGUGCUGUGUGAAUUUUUUGCAACUAUUUGAAAGAAAGGAUUACUUAGCGCUAUCGAUCUCUUGUUUUAUAAUUGAAUUGGUUGCUGGGGGGGGAGGGGGGUGCCUUUGUCUCAUAUAAUUAAAUGCUUUUCAGAAGUAGUAAUAUUAGAUUGCUAACAUAGUUGAGGAGAAGCAAAUAAAGCAGGCCAGUUGUAAAUUACACAGAAUUUGCCUUAAUGAGUUCCACCUCAGCUGGGAUUGGGUUACUAGAAACAUAAAUAAUACCAUCUUUGCUCUUGCUUGCUUCCUAAUGCAUACUGUCUCUAAACUGUCAUCAACACAAUACUAAAUUUUCAGUGCUGGAUUUUAAAUUUCAGGAUUAGAUGACAGUACUACAUCUCU